AUGAGGGCCAGUCAUAGAUACAAUAGGAUACAACUAGAGUUCCCACAGACGAUGUCAAAUAUGAUCCUGUCUGAAAGCAGGGAAGAUAACUCGUUGGGCAGGAAUUGCUUCACUUUGAAAAUGGUGAACAAAAGAAUUCAAAAGUUGCUUCAAAAUACCAAAGGACGAUCUAAAAGAGAAGAAUCAAAUAAUAGAGGAUUAAAUGGUGAAAAUGAACCACAAGAUGUACCACUGCCGCACUCUCCAUCGGAAACACAAAAUGCUGAAUUGGACUUACAACACAAUGGUUCAUCUCAAAGGAGCCAAAAUACACGGGGCAGGACAGUGAUGAGGGAUGUUCAUUCAUUAGGUCCCAAUGACUUACUAGUUGUAAGAUUUAAUGAAAGGGGUCAACCUUAUGGAGAAAUGCAACCCACGCUUUCAAAUUUUGUAGGAACGAUUGCUCGAAAUGGAAACUUGUUACCCCUUAGUUUUCUAGACCGGAGGAAAAUACCUAAAAAUCGUUUGGAUCUUGCAUGGGGAUAUGUAACUGAACAUUUUUGUAUCCUUACUCGCCACAAAAAAAUUGUGAUGCAAAUGAUGGGAGUUGCAUGGAGGCGAUGGAGGGCCGAAGUCAAGGCAACGUCUUAUGACCCAAAUAUUCCUUUAGAUGAGCUCUUGCAAAUUCGUCUUGUCCCUCAUAAGCUGACACUCGAGGUUUGGGAAACUUUAUGUGACUAUUGGAAGAAGAAUGAGUUUCAGGAAAAUGGUGUAAAACCUACUCGUAUUGAAAUAUUAGAUUUAAGUUGUCAUAGUAAAAAGAAAGGAAGGUCUCCUAUUGCUGAUGAAGCUAUACGACAUGAGACUUUAUUGAAUGAGGCUGUGAAACACCAUCUCCAAGACAUGCCGGAGGGAACAGAUCCAAGACAAGUGCAUGAGCAAGCAUUUCGUGAGGUGUUCGGGCCUGAGCAUUUUGGCCGAGUUCGAUGUUUAGGAGCUGGUGCACUGCCUAGCCAAGUUUUUCCUGACCAAUAUAAGCGUAGCCAUUGCCAAGGAUAUGACACUGCUUCGGAUGCCACAGAAAAGUUCAAGGAAAUGAAAGAAAAAAAUAAAGGAAAUGGAAGCUAG